GCGAUAAGCCGAUUCCACCAGAGUCCACGUCUGAGAUUCGCCGUGUAGGACAACCUGGGACAACACAACUUCGUUCCUGGCUGUCUGUUAAGUAGUUUUACAAAUUCGCACACCGGGUGCGCAGCAGGAAUUGCCGAGCACUCUGUCAAUGAUCAGACUCGCGCAUAUAUAAUAAGCCUUCGCUCACGGUUCAUAGUCAGUUCACAUCCGUUGGCAUGGCAUGUCCAAUGGGCAUACAUUCUUCCGUCUCCUAGUCCCAUCGACGAAAAAUUUCUCGCACAUCGUAUGAGAAUUUAGUCAAGGAUAACAUAUUCAAUCUCAUGUUCCUGUGUCCGUGAGCUUGGAACUUCCCCCUGCUCGGCCCAGCCGCGCCCCUUCUUUUCCUGCCAUAAAUCCUUCAAGAACUUAGCCUUUGGCAGAAUCGAUCAUUCACCACCAUGUUUAGCAGGGAACCUCAGUCGCCAAACGGCCUUUUUUUAGGGGAGUCCCGCCCAGGGUCGUCCGCGCCGACUAUUGACGUCUCGCUGGCGAGUCCAUCUUUUGACUAUGCUAGCUUGAAUGCGCCGUUAUGGCCACACCGUCUCUCCGCAUCAUUCGCAGCGAUGGCAGACCAGAUAGCAGCUGCAUCACAAGCACUCGCGCUUGUUCCUUCCACGGCAUUCAGCGGCAAUGACGUGACAGUUGAGUUUGCGUCUCUCAAGUCGAAACUCACGUCGAUUGAGAGCACACAAGAACGCCUCGCGGCUGAGUUUGCUGCUUUGAAAGAGCAAUUUACGCAGUUGAGCACGGAUAAAGGACCUGCGUUGGAGGAGUUGGACAAGAAGAUCGAGGCACUCAAGAAAAUCGUGGAAAUUGACCAACAGCGACUUCCUGCGCGUUUGAACAACUCUCGGUGUACAGUUUUGAAUACGCCACUCAAGGCGCCCGUUGGAAACGAUGGCAAGCCACCGCCGAACUUCCCUGCUACUAGGGGAGAAUUCGAGCAUAUUACAAAGGAGCGCUACGAGGCUAUUCUCAAGGCUUAUGGUCUGCCCCUCAAAGGAGACACUGACGCCAAGCGAGAAGCUGUUCGUAUAUUUGUCGGCAUCCCUCAAGAUGGGCUGUAAGCAUGCAGGAGGAAUGGUGCGGACCAUAUGAUACUAGCUCUGUCCAUCAAAUAUCACAAGUCGCUGGAAUUGUUGGAAGGACUUGGCUUGCUGGACGAGCUUUGGUCAUUUUGGAGGUCAUUAGGAAUUGACCGACCCCGGCGACCCGUGGGUGUACGGAACAGCGGGAUCAAACCGCGUAGUUAUAAGUACAGCUAUGUAU